CUUGGCUGGUUUUUUUACAGAGUCUCUCCCAUUUGCCUUGUUCCAGGGCUCUCCCAGAAUAAGCAGAAGGAAAUAUUCAUCGGAAAUCUCCCCCUGCAUGUCAAGGAGGUGGAAAUUGCCGUUCUGCUUAAGGACUUCGGAGUGAAGUCUGUGAAGAAAUUCUUUUCUAAUUUCAAAAGUUUCAGCUUUGUCGAGUUGGUCUCCCCAGAGGCGGCGCAGCUCGCGGUCCAGAGGCUGAACGGAAUCCCGUGGGGAGGGCAGCGGAUCACGGUGGCCCUGAAGGACAACUGGCAGGGCCACGGGCCGCCCCGAAACAGGACAGAGAAGCUGCCAAAGGGGGCCACAAAACAGGACCGGCAGGUCUGCGCAUCUCCCCAAAACACCACCGAGAUGCCGGUACAGAGGGCCACGAAUGAAGAGCAGCCGGUCCACGAAUCUCCUCCAGACACCGCCGAGAUGCCGGAUUUGGAAGAGGUGCCCUGGGAAGAACUUGGACUUAAUUGCGAUCCUGUUUCAAAAAGCGAUGCUCAGCUCUGUCCCUCUGUAAUGCGGGAGGUCCGUUAUGCUGUUCCCAUGGAGAUGCGGAGUUCGUUCUUGCUGCAGAUGUGCAAGGAGUGCUUCAAGGACGCAACGUGGCUGUUCUCCGUGGCCAACGUCCAGGGGAAAACGGGGCUCCUCGUGAUGGACACGCUCCCGCAGACGCCGUAUUUCUGGGCUAUCUGCCUGACGGAGGAAUGCCACCAAAAGAUGCAGACGCUGUUCACGGUCUUGGCCGAAGCGGAGCGCCGGUUGCCAUUUCUGGCCAAACGGGAUGUCCAGACAGGGAUGCGUUGCCUGGCGGAGUGUAGUGUGGGAGAGGAAGAGACCGCUUGGAACAGGUGCUGGGUUUUGGACCAGGGAGAAGAUCUGGCAAUCGUUUUCUUUAUGGAUUUGGGGCGUUCGAUCGCCGUCCCGUUGAACUCCCUGCGGCACUUAGACGAGGACAGGUUCUGGGCGAUCAGCCCUCUGGCUCAGCCGUUCGUGCUUCAGGAUGAGGUUUUACCCCAUCAACUCAUGAGGAGGGAGAUUAUAGAAGGGACCGUGGUUGGCCCAUCAGAGGAGCCACAGAUUUUGAAGUUUGUCCUCCGAGCAGCGUAAGAGGAAGGCAUCGAAAGCACUCCAGCGAGGACACCGAGCAAGUUGGCAGCCGUUCAACUUUGUUUUUUUGGAGGGGGGGUUGAGGUGAGGGAGACCCAUUGUGAAAGCUUUCCUAAGAUUCACUGGGGUUUUCAUCUGCUCUUCCACCUUUGUGGAGGAUCAACAGAUCAUUGGGCCUCUCGCUUCUAUAAGGAAUUGAUACCCCCUCCAGUAGCUGGAUUACCACUCACAUUAUCCCCUGUGCUAAGGAAGAUGGGCAUUGUUGGCCCCAACCCCCCAGAUAGGGGCAAGUCAGGUAUCUUUUGUGAUGGACCUGCCAUUUGUUUCUCGCACAAAUUGUAUUUUUUUGUUGAAUGAAGCCUAUGUAAAAAGGAAGUUGUGACUUAGGAAGAUGUAGCUUGAAAUAAGCCUCUACCGCCCCAAAUCCUAGGGGUUUGGGCACCCAGGGCCCCUCAAAAGCUGGACUACAUCCCCCAUCAUCCCUGGUCAUUGAGAUAGGCCAGCUCUGGCUGAUGGGAGCUGGAGUCCCCCCACCCGGGUUCCUUCCAGACAUGAUCCACGCACACCUAGGCUGUCACAUAAAUUGGUGUAUGGUUAGCAGGACGAGGGACGGUUCUGUAAUUUCAUUUUGGAUUUUGCAAAGAGAGGCCAGUUUGGAGUCAUUAAACACUGGAUCAUUAAAAACGGAAUCUGUUCCAUAAGCUGGCCUGUCAUGUUUUCCUAAAACGUUCAAGGAAAGAGAAAACCCGAGAGGCUCGGUUGCAAUCUCUCCCUUUGCCUGGUGCCGUCAGCUUUUGGAGGCGUCGAUUCUGCUGUGGUUUCCCCCAUUUCCAGCAGAACCCGUUCCAGCUGAUAACGCCUUUUCUGCCGUGAUCCCUUGUCAACUUCAGCAAUUCCAGCCCUUGACGGCUAAUUGGAACAAACAGGCCUUAUUCCCACCCAGGCGAAACUUCCUGCUGCUUCUGGAAAACCUUGCCAGCUAGGAAGGGGACUUUUGGUGGCGGUGGACCGGCUUGGUCUUAAAAAUUCAGGAUGUUCCGGGGAGGGCGUUAGUUCUUAGGCACAACUUCAAGGCAAGGCUGGCAUCAUGCAGGGAUGGGAAGAAGUCCCUUAAGAAAGACGAGGUUCAGUGUAAAAGGGCACUGCAGUUCCCCAACUGGACUAAAGAACAAACACAAAAUAUUUAAGCGCAAAGCUGUUUCCACUGUGGGUUCCCGUGGAUCGGAAUAAACAAAACAGCUGCGGAGGAUCAGAUGAAGGGCUUCUGUAGGAUGAGAGGCCAGCUGCACCCUGGGUCAUAUUCUGUGGCAUCCGGAGCUGAUAUUUGAGGCGAGACGCAGCCAUCCUUAAAAACACAUUCGAUCCCCUUCUCAAAAGAUGUCCAGGCUGGUGGCCAUUCCUGUGGCAGGGGGUUCCAAAGGACUCAGGUCUGCAGACAGUGAGCAACUGGGACCCAAACCCGUCUGUCUUGUUGGCUCCUCUUUUUCCUGUCGGUCAGAGAGCACCGAAGGACACGAGGCGAAGGAUUUAAAAGCCGAGAGGCUCCGGGUACCCUGCCAGGACAUCCCCCCCCUUCGCUCCCCCAAAUGGACAGAGGUGAAGACCGGCACCCCCCUUCAAAUUAACAAAUGUAAUUGUUCUCCAAAGAUACAUUUUUUCCCCUUACACAUCCAUCAUACACAGUAACCAAAAGAAAAAGAAAAAAAA